GGCCUGAUCUCCCCAGGGGACAACUUGGGACUUUGCUCUUGCUUGAACUCCCCGCUCAGUUCGGUCCUUGCCACCACCCGGGGCGGCUUUGUAUUCCCCGUACAAAGGAGGAAACAACCCGCUCUCCCGCGCACGGAGGGGCAGGUGCAGCAGCAGAGGAGAGGUCUCGCUCUCAGGCAGCUGGCAGCGAACCAGGCGAGAGCCUGCGCCGCAUCCCCCUUAGAGCCCGGGCGGGCAGAGCGGAGGAGCGCGCGCGCGCAGGCGGGCGCGGGGGAAGCUGCUGCUGGCCUGUGUGCGCGCCUGCCUGGCUCGCGGCCACCGGCACCCAGCUCGGGUUGCAUCAGACAAAUCUCCCAGCUUGGGCCGCCUCCCCCUCUGCCCCUGCUUGUCCCCGGGAGCGGGGCACAGGUGUUCACUUCGCCCCCGCGCUGCUGCAGCUGCUCCCGGCAAAGCUUCGGACCUGCGAGCCGCUGGCACCAAAGAUCCUGCAAAAAUGCUGUGGAAAGCUCAUCAGCUGUUGAGGAAAUUCUCCACCACGGCCACAGCUUAUCAACGUAAGCUAAAGCUAGCUCUGAUAGGUCAGAGUAUUUUUGGUCAAGAAGUGUAUAGACACCUGCAGAAAGAGGGACAUAGAGUCGUGGGAGUGUUCACCAUUCCAGACGUGAAUGGGAAAGCUGACCCUUUGGCACUGGCAGCAGAGAAAGAUGGCACCCCUGUUUUUAAGUUCCCCAGAUGGAGAGUUAAGGGCAAGCCUAUCCGGGAAGUAGUUGAAGCCUACAAAUCAGUUGGAGCAGAUCUAAAUGUACUUCCAUUCUGUACGCAGUUCAUCCCCAUGGAUGUUAUUGACAGUCCUAAGCAUGGAUCAAUUAUCUACCAUCCAUCCAUCCUUCCCCGCCACAGAGGAGCUUCAGCUAUCAAUUGGACUUUAAUUCAAGGAGAUAAAAAAGCAGGGUUUACUAUUUUCUGGGCUGAUGAUGGUCUGGACACUGGACCAAUUCUUCUGCAGCGGGAAUGUGAUGUAGGACGGAACGAUACUGUGGAUGACUUAUAUAAUCAUUUUCUUUUCCCAGAAGGCAUAAAAGCAAUGAUAGAAGCUGUCCAGCUAAUUGCUGAUGGUAAAGCUCCUCGGAUACCUCAGCCUGAAGAAGGGGCAACAUAUGAAGGGAUCCAGAAGAAAGAAAAUGCAGAGAUUUCUUGGGACAAGCCUGCAGAAGCUUUGCAUAACUGGAUCCGAGGGCAUGAUAAAGUACCUGGAGCCUGGACAGUGAUUGAUGGCCAGAUGGUUACUUUCUAUGGGUCAUCAUUACUUGAUGGGCCAGUGCCUCCUGGACAACCGUUGGCAAUAAAAAGCACCACAAAACCUGGGCUUAUAACCAAAAAUGGCCUAGUUCUUUUUGGUAAUGAUGGAAAGAUGUUGUUGGUGAGAAAUCUACAAUUUGAAGAUGGAAAAAUGAUCCCUGCAUCUAAAUACUUUUCAUCUGAUGAGAUGUCUGUCAUAGAACUUACAGAAGAGGAGAAAAAGAUGGCGGAAGAUAUCAAGUCCAUUUGGAAGGGAAUUUUGAGCAGUGUUGCUGUAAUUGAGGAUUCUACAGACUUCUUCAAAUCUGGAGCAUCCUCGAUGCAUGUUGUCAGAAUGAUUGAAGAGAUCAAACAAAAAUAUGGUGGACUUCAGCUGCAGAAUGAAGAUGUGUAUAUGGCCACUAAGUUUGCAGACUUUAUUCAGAUGGCUGUGAGGAAACUUAGGGGAAAGGACGAAGAGGAAGAAUUAGUCAUAGAUUAUGUUUCAAAAAAUGUUAACAAUAUGACUGUGAAGAUGCCUUACCAGUGUUUUAUAAAUGGACAGUUUAUGGAUGCUGAAGAGGGAAAAACAUACGACACUAUAAACCCAACAGAUGGAUCAAUAAUAGCAAAGGUGUCUUAUGCUUCAGUGGCUGAUGUUGACAAGGCAGUAGCAGCAGCAAAAGAUGCAUUUGAAAAUGGUGAAUGGGCAAGAAUGAAUGCAAGGGAAAGGGGGAGAUUAAUGUACAGACUUGCUGACCUGAUGGAAGAACACCAAGAGGAAUUAGCAACAAUUGAGGCCAUUGACUCAGGAGCUGUCUACACUUUAGCUUUGAAGACCCAUGUAGGAAUGUCUGUGCAAACAUUCAGAUACUUUGCUGGAUGGUGUGACAAAAUUCAGGGUUCUACAAUCCCAAUUAGCCAGGCCCGCCCAAACCAUAACCUAACAUUCACCAAGAAGGAACCCAUAGGAGUCUGUGCGAUUGUUAUCCCCUGGAAUUACCCACUGAUGAUGCUUGCAUGGAAGAGUGCAGCAUGCUUGGCUGCAGGCAACACGUUAGUUCUCAAACCAGCACAGGUCACUCCUUUGACUGCCUUAAAGUUUGCAGAGCUCUCAGCUAAAGCAGGAUUUCCCAAAGGCGUUAUAAAUAUUCUACCUGGUUCAGGUGGUUUAGUGGGACAGCACAUGUCUGAACACCCAGAUAUCCGCAAACUUGGAUUUACUGGUUCAACUCUUAUUGGUAAACAGAUCAUGAAGAGCUGUGCAGUCAGUAAUCUGAAGAAAGUCUCCCUUGAACUUGGUGGUAAAUCCCCACUGAUCAUUUUUGAGGACUGUGAACUUGACAAAGCUGUGAGAAUGGGCAUGGGAGCAGUAUACUUCAACAAGGGAGAAAACUGCAUUGCAGCUGGAAGACUGUUCGUGGAAGAAUCAAUUCAUGAUGAAUUUGUUAGGAGAGUGGUGGAAGAAAUCAAAAAGAUGAAAAUUGGUGACCCGCUCGAUAGAGCCACAGAUCAUGGUCCACAGAAUCAUAAGGCUCACCUGGAAAAGCUGCUGGAAUAUUGUGAAAUUGGAGUGAAAGAAGGAGCAACAUUAGUGUAUGGAGGAAGACAAGUAUGUAGACCAGGUUUCUUCAUGGAACCCACUGUAUUUACAGAUGUUGAAGACCAUAUGUACCUUGCCAAGGAAGAAUCCUUUGGUCCUGUUAUGGUAAUUUCAAAGUUUAAGAAUGGGGAUGUCGAUGGAGUGUUAAAACGUGCAAACAACACAGAAUAUGGCUUAGCUUCAGGGGUUUUCACAAGAGACCUAAGCAAAGCUCUGUAUGUUAGUGAAAAUCUAGAAGCAGGAACAGUUUUCAUUAACACAUAUAACAAAACUGAUGUGGCAGCACCAUUUGGUGGAUUCAAACAAUCUGGCUUCGGAAAAGAUUUAGGUGAAGAAGCUCUUCAUGAGUACCUCAGAACUAAAGCUGUAACUGUGGAGUAUUAAAGAAACAGCUCAGCCUGACUGCCAAACAACCCCCUUGCUGAUAGCCUCAAUUUUAAGUACUCUGUUAAGCACUUAAUACAAUGCCCAGGAUAUACUUUCUGAAGUAGUAUCACUAACAAAAAGCAAAUAGUAUUUAUCCAUGGAAAAUUGUAAGGACCAAAUUCUAGCCCCACUAAAGUCACAAGGAAUUCGGCAACUUACUUUAGUGGAACUAGAAUUUGAUCUUUACUUAUCUAAAUGUCCACAUACCUAAACCUUCCGAGUUGUUCUUAACUCAGGCAAUGGGAGAUUGCUUAUGUAAGACUCAAGGAUUGGGCCCAUGAUGUGCCUAAGUUUUUUAUUAAUGAGAGAUGUAUUUUACAUGAUCAUUUUAAACCUUUUAACAUACAUUUAGUCAUUAAAAUUCUCUUAAAACUGUACUUUAAAAUGCACAUUAUACAGUUUUGUUAUAAAACAGUUCAAGUUUUUCAACAAAAGUAUACAGCUCUGACUUUUCAGCAGUAUUGGAAACUUUAGUGCCAUAAAAUGUAAAUAAAAGCAAGAAAGUGCACUUAUGAUCUUUGUUAAACUAUGAAUAUUAAGCUGAAGUUACUGAAAAUAUUUUCUAUCUUUUUGCAAAUGUGCAAUUUGUAUGGGAUUGUGAAUGGUGGUUACAUUAGUAGAUUUAAACCAGCUGUGUCUGUG